AUGAAUAAACGCCAAACCUUACAGGAAAGCACGUCUAAGCAGGCGGCUGCGGCGGGAGAAGAGGGGAAUGCAGGGACGCCAAUCAAGUUUGUGACGUACUCCGGAACGGAGCCUGCUGGGUUGAAAGGUGAGCCGAGACGAACUUCACCUUCCCGUGCACACUUACUCGCGCCACCGCUCUCACCCGUCGAAAAGGCGGUGUUUGACAUGCCCAUUGAGAAGUGGAAGACCGUGGACCGCAGUACCCUUCCUGGUUGGCGCUGCACCGUGCCUCACCCGGUCACACUGAGUGAUCUGACGCCGGUGAGUCUGUCGCACCCCAUUCUGCAGCGCAUCGCCCUCUACAAGGGUCCCGUGACGGACCUGCAGCUGGAUGCCAUUGUAAAUGCGACGAGCACGCGCUGCCUUGGCGGUGGGGGUGUUGAUGGAGCCGUACAUACGGCGGCUGGCCCGUUACUUUUGCGUGAGUGUGCCACUUUUAGUGGCUGCGGGAUUGGGCAAUGCAGGAUUACGAAGGGCUAUGGACUCCCCGCCCGCUACGUGCUGCACACGGUGGGGCCCACGCUGGAAAAACCGGAGUUUUUGCGAAGCUGCUACCGUUCUAUCCUUUCGCUGGCUCACCAAAAUCGGCUGCGUACCGUUGGGUUUUGUUGCGUGGCCACUGGCGUCUACGGCUAUCCACUGCUUUCCGCUACUCGCAUUGCCGUCAGCGAAACUGUGGCGUACCUGAAGAAAGAAACCACCGCGUUUGAUCUCUGCUGCUUUGCUUGCUUUCGGCCAGAGGAGUAUACAGCAUACACCGACUGCCUGCGUGAGUGCGUUGAUGCAGCGCCAACUCCCUCUGUCGAGUCCUAG